GACCGCGAGCAGCCGCUUGUAAACAGAGCCGGGCUGGGAUGGUCAGCGGCCGGACCAGCUGUCACCGUGCGGCGGGCGGGCUGCCCAGGCCGGGACCCCGCCAACAGUAGGCUGCAGGCCCCGCCGCUGAAGGGAGACGAGCCACCCGGAAAUCAAGAAUUGCCACUGCAUUACUUUGACAAGCACUACCUGUUGUCUUCAAGAGAUUUCACUGAAGAAUAAGCUCAAAGAAACAUCUCUCUCCCUAUACCUCUGUUAGCUAGCAAAUGUUUUCAAUGACCAGGAAAACAUCAAUCACUCUUGAGCUUGGCCUGCUCUAGGCAACUGAACGAAGGUUCCUUCCAGUGGUUUUCAUAGCUCUAUUGCUAAAGCAACUCUCUUUGUUGGAUGAAUGUUCAUGAAGCUCUUUCCUGAACUAGCUUAGGAGGCCUAGGCCUCUCGGAACCUGUGAAAUGGAAGCUUUGGAAGUGGAUGAUAUCAGCCCAGCAUUAGAAGUUACUGAGGAUUUCUUUAGUACUUUUGAUAGCAAGCUAGAAAAGGCUGUUCAGCAAGCAGAAGUUUAUGGGAUUCAGGAAGUCCCUGAACUGGUGGGACAUGAGGUACUCAGUAACAUAACAGACAAUGGUGCUAUGAGAAAUGUUGCCUCCCUGGGCAAGGGGGGCAUGAUCUGGGACCACUGUAAGAGCAAGCUCAUAGAAACCAAAGCUCAAAAUGUCUUCCCUGCCAAAGAACAGUUUGUGGUCCAGAGAGGGACAACUCCAGAUAAUCUUUCCUGGAUGGAACAAAAGGAAGCAUCCACCUUUAAUUUUUUCAAUAUCUGUCAGCGUCGAAGGGAUAGACCUCGUUCUGUGAAUGACUUAUUGGAUGAAACUUCUACUUUCAAGCCAGGGCAUGCUCGAUCAAGGUCAGAUAUUACCCAAGUGGACUGGCGCAUGGUCCUCAAAACCAUGCCUUUGCAGCAACAGCAGCAGCAGCAGCAACCUUCUCUUCCAGGCCCUCCCUUCACCAGGCCACCUUUUCUGUUGCCCUCACCAAGUAAGGUAGAAGAUGCCCAAGGAAAUACUGAACACAAGCAGACAUUCCCAAACAUUCUGAAGAAGGGUUACCUGGAAAUUAGAAAGGACCAUGACAGUUACUGGCAAAGCUGUUACGCAGAACUGUCACCUUACAACUUAUACUUCUAUAGCCUCGAUAGCAGUGGGAAUCAAAACCCCUAUGCCACGUACCAACUUUCCCACUUCCAGAGCAUCUCUGUUUUGGGCAAUCUUGAGGCCAGGAUGGUAGACACCAUUCUCUAUGACAACACUCAGCUACAGUUAAAGGCAGAGUCACCGUGGGAAGCUUUGGACUGGGGACAGAAGCUUUGGGAAGUUGUGCAUGCUGCAGUGCCCGGUUACAUGGGACGGCAGGAUGAGCUGGCAAACUCACCAGGGCUCGGCCAUCAUGUUGACUAUACACAGAAUCAUUGUUUACAAGAGAAAUCCAACGGGCUGCUACCACCAUCUCCUGUCUUGGAUAGCUCCAAACAGUACCAAAACAUCCUCAAAUCAGGGACACUCUACAGACUAACUGUCCAAAACAACUGGAAGGCAUUUACAUUUGUGCUGAGCGAGGCAUACCUUAUGGCUUUUCAGCCAGGCAAGCUAGAUGAUGAUCCCCUGCUGAGCUACAACGUGGAUGUGUGUCUGGCUGUCCAGGUAGACAACCUGGAUGGCUGUGACUCUUGCUUUCAAGUCAUUUUCCCUCAAGAUGUCCUCCGCCUCCGAGCUGAGACCCGGCAAAGGGCUCAGGAAUGGAUGGAGGCUCUGAAGACAGCUGCCAAUGCAGCGAGGAGUUCAGAGCAAAACCUGCAAGUCACACUGAGGAGCAAACCCAAGGAUCAGCUGGGUGGGCAUGAACUCAGGAAGAACAAACGUCAGUCCGUGACCACCAGCUUCCUGAGCAUUCUGACAACUUUAUCUUUGGAACGAGGACUCACUGCUCAGAGUUUCAAAUGUGCAGGCUGCCAGCGACCCAUUGGUCUUUCCAACGGAAAAGCCAAGGUGUGCAAUUACAGUGGCUGGUAUUACUGCAGCAGCUGCCAUGUGGAUGACAGUUUUCUCAUCCCAGCACGCAUAGUCCACAACUGGGAUACUUCAAAAUAUAAGGUGUCUAAGCAGGCCAAAGAAUUCCUGGAGUAUGUGUACGAAGAGCCCCUGAUCGACAUCCAGCAGGAGAACCCCAUGCUGUAUCUCCACGCCGAGCCACUGGCCACCGUGGUGCGGCUGCGGCAGCGGCUGAAAUCGCUCCGAGCCUAUUUGUUCAGUUGCCGGGCAGCGGUGGCAGAGGAUCUGCGUCGCAGAAUUUUCCCCAGAGAAUACCUCCUUCAACAGAUCCACCUGUAUUCCCUGGCUGACCUGCAGCAGGUGAUAGAGGGAAAGCUGGCUCCGUUCUUGGGCAAGGUCAUUAAAUUUGCCACCUCACACGUGUACAGCUGCAGUCUUUGUAGUCAGAAAGGGUUCAUCUGCGAAAUCUGUAACAAUGGAGAGAUCCUCUACCCUUUCGAGGAUAUUUCUACAAGCAGGUGUGAAAGCUGUGGAGCCGUCUUCCAUUCUGAAUGCAAAGAAAAGUCUGUCCCCUGCCCGAGGUGCGUCCGCAGAGAGCUGCAAAAGAAGCAGAAGUCCUUCUGGCAGAGGCUGAACGUGGACGAGAGCCUGGAGGAGGCGUGCACCAUGUUCGAGCUGUCCUACCAGAACACCUGACUUGCCGUCCAGGCCACUCACCCUGUAAUGACCUGGCCAGAGGCUUCCGAGGGGACACCUACACCCCUGUGAGGAAGAGCACCCUCUUCAGCUAGAUGUAGAUAUAUAUGUUUAUUUAUUUAUAUACACACUGUAUGUCCUGUGCGUAGGUCCUGUGUAAAUCAUUGUCUAACAGGUCCACAGAGCUGCUGUGGCUGAAAACCUGCCGAUUGCUGAGUUACACUUGGCCAUGAAUCUCAGCUGCUUGCUCCCAGCAAAACCUGGUUUACACACAAGGCUGUAUAGUUCUGACCUUUUUUUUUUUUUUUUUUUUUUUUUUAAGUUCUUCUUAUUUCUUUCUUCUUUUUCUUUUUUGGCUCUGAGGACCAUUUUGUUACACAAGACAUGGGAAGAAGCAUUUCCUGCAGAGCAACAGAACUUCGGGUAUUUUUCUGAGUUAUUUAUUUUUAGCCUUCUCUGAAGCCAAGGGAAUUGAGGCAGGCACCAUCGUGCUUUGUUUCAUUAGGAAAUCUCCAAACACAGGAUUCUUCCAGGACCAGUGUCCUGGACAGAGGUGGGGAUCAUCCCAGCAGAGCCGCACGGUGGGAAGCUGGGAGAGUGUGCUUCCUCUGACAGAGAGUGACGCUCUAACUCAGGAGGAAAGCUGGUUCUGGUUUUAAAGUUAAUCUCAGAAAGUUUUUUCCUGAGAAAAGAGGAGAACUCUGUGACCAAUAACUGUAUGUUGGUCUGUUUGCCACUACAAGUCCCAAUGCCUGCCUAAUGAUGUGACUCUCCACCAUUUUUGCCAGGUUGUAAAUGUGACUCUCUUAAAACAGUUUUCCAAGGGUAUUGUGGGUGAUUGUUAUGAUUUUUUCAUGGUGCUGGCUGGAGAAAAUGUCCUAGGAUCAUCAUUAAAGACAUCGGAGCCUAGACUCGUAGGUGGAGUACACGGUCCGUGUCUGGGAGGAGACGAGCUUCAAUUUCCUUUCACAGAGUCCUGCCUGUGUGGGCAGUUUCUACCCAGGCCUUUGAAAUGCUUUAUUUCUCAAUGUUCACUGCACUUUCAUUUUGAUCUUUGUCGAUUUAACCACUCUUGAUUUCUACAUUUUUUAAUUAUUUAAGAAAUCAGAGUAUCAUUUUGAAAAGCAUCUACUUUAAGCUAUUAAGAAAAUUUCAAACUUAUAAAUAGAAUUAAUGAAUUAAAUCUAAUAUUGUUUAAAUAAGUAGAUAGACACAUAUAUAAUUGCCACCUUAAAGUAAAGCAAAAAGUGCUAGUAUAAAUAACAUAUAGAAAUAAGAAACAUAACAAAUCGCUUAGCUGUUUGGCAGGAUAGUGGCCUCACACUGCAGAGCCCUGGUAAGAGCCACCAUAGCAGUCUCUGUGACCCACAGCAGGUAGGACAGCACUGGAAACUGAACGGCUCCCAUUCCUUCUGUCUUGACCCUUUCUUGAACAAGAAAAUAUGCUUCUAAUGGAACAGUUCUCAGUCUUCCUUAUGAGAAGAUCCUGUAUCUUUCACCCUGGCAGAUGUCACCCAUGCCUUUAUGGUUUGGUCAUUUCACCAUUGCAAUCUGGAGAGUCAGUGGUUCCCAAGGUCCAUGGUACAUCCAGCCCCACACCUUGCUCCAUCCAGAGACCAGCUCAUGAUACUUCCGUCCAUUUAGAGGCAUUUCAGACUGACUUUUAUGCAGUUAGCUGUAAGCAUUUCGCCUCCCAACCUACGCCUGUUUUUUCAGCCCCAGACCACACAUUUCAACUUCACAGUUCGGCACCAGGCAUGCGUUUAUGUUCUGCUUAUACAGUAGCUGAAACCAAGGCAUGAAACUUGUUAAAAGGCCAGGGCCCUAUUCACGAGACACCUCAUGGUGCCUUUUAAUCUUAGAAAAGUAGGUUGACUCCCCCCCCCCCAACACACACACACUGUAGUUAUAGAGAAUGUUGCACACAAAAGAAAAAGGGUGGAAAGUCUCAGACACUUGGCAACCAGGCAAGCAAAUUUGAUCAUCUCCUUUCCUCCUCCCCUUUGUGAAAUACAGUAUUUAUAUUUUCCAGCCUCAGAGAAGAUAGCAGAACAUGAUCUUUCACAAGAGAAUUAUAGACCUGCUUAUUAUAAAACAGAUGUGCUCCCAUGGCAAAGUGCCUUCUCCCUCCGCCUCCAGCUCCCUGUCGCUGUAGCUUACUUUUGCCUUCGCUGUAAUUAAUGUAUCUGUGAUUCCAACUGUCAGCGAGGCCUUCCCAGCCCACUGAGAUUGGAGACGGGAAGUAUGAUGCCCCCUCCCCAACAUCUUCACUCUAUGUACAGAAUUUCCUGUCCCAGACACCCAGGAUCAAACUGACAAUAGUUACGGGUGACAUUCUGAAUCCCUGCUCUAAACACCUUUGUUUUUUUACCAGUACCCGUUUAGAGGGCUCUGCUAAAUAUUAGCAGUCCCUGGGAACAACUAAGAAUUUUCCAUCCCCGUCAUAUUCUGCUUAUUUUCAAAAGGGAAAAAAAUAAAUAUGCUAUCACCAUCAGCUACCCAGAACUGGAACUGUGUCCCCACGGCUUCUGUUUUCUCUCCUUUUUGUGCAACCCUGACAGCCUUGUUCGUGCCAGCCACAGGCCUACAACAACACUCUGCCACCACCACCAAAAUCUAAUAGGACAGAGUAGAGCCAGCUUAGGAGCGGGUCUGCCAUGAAAAUUCAAAAUUGCUGUUUUGAGUCCCAAAUGUAGUAGAGUGCAUGAACGCCCUUACUGUUUUCAGCCCUAGCAAAUUCCUUGGUGCAAUGUUAGGUAAUUGUUCCACUGCUUAGAAACUGUCAAAGAAAAAAAAGGCAAGUCUGUGGAUUUCCAACUUCUUAAGACCAAACUGAUACCUGAUUUUCCUCGUGUUCCAUUUUUCAUCCCAUGGUAAAUAUACUGCACGUAAAGCAUAGGAGAAAAUGGCCAAUUAAUCUUCUAGAGCUGGCGGCCAAGUUCAGGGAACUGCUUUUCACUGAAAGGCCCAUUCCCUGGUGUAUAACUUGAGGAAAUCCCUCCUACCAGUGCCAGAAACUCAUGUGUGAGACCGUCCAACCCUGGUGAAAUGUUGGCAUCCAACCCCCCGGUAAAGAAGCCAAUUCCUAAAAUAGACUUCAGUUUGCACCGCUGCAGGACAGCCUCAGAGCACUUAGGAAGUGGUCAACUAGGGUGGCUGUCCGGGGCUACCCCUUCCCAAAGUUGAAAUGUCUCUACGUGAAAACCAUGGAAAUCCACAUCCCCUUCUGCUUCACUGUCUUUUCAGAGGACCCACAGUCACUUUCCUGUCAUAGUGGUAAGGGUCAUCUUGUUAGGAGCUGAGGGUAACCGCUUCUCAGUUCUUUUCAACUAGGCCUACCCCCAAAAGAGAAUAUGGCUGGUGCUUGGGAUUUGUGGUGCCCGACCCAGUGGUACCCUUCAGGCUCCUGAAAAGGAACUGUGCCAUGAUUCCUCCUCAGCUGCAGUGGGAACCAAGGUGUCUCUAUCAUCUGAUUACUGAACACAGCCUGUGCUGGCCAGGUCUGGACUCCAUGCUCAUCUCUGCAUGUUGAGUGCUCACCCCAGCUGUUAACACCAGAUAGUUUCGUUCUGUACCUCCUCAAAGAGGCUUGGCUUCCAAACCUGGGGCUUUGUUCUGUAUCCAUUGGCCAAAAAAGGCCACAUAUAAAUUAAUUGUCAGGGUGAGGCUGGCAUGAUGCCACUCACACUGAACACUUAUUACAGAGACAGGCAUUAUCUGAGGUCCAUUCCACUCUGGAGUCAGGGUAAAGCCACUGCUGCUGCUCAUAUGUGUGUGCAGAAUUAUUCUUCUCCAUUAUCUGCUGCACUUUGUUUUUGAAAUAACUAGACUAUGAAAUAAAUCUUCAAUUCUCUAUUCUAAUACUGCCUGGCUUCAAUACAGAUGUUAUUUUAUUUUAUUACUUCUCAUAGUAGAUUGAGUACAAUUUUUUAUUGCACUUUUUAUUUCUUGAGCUACCUACUUUUUUUCAUACUUUGAAAUAAUGUGGAAAAGUAGAAAAAUUGGGACACGACUGAAAGAAAAAACACUGCUCUCUUUGGCAUGCAGGGAGUCAUUGGCAAAUCCUUCUGCUUUCCCUUUCUGGGUGCCGUACUUGUCAGUGAUGGGCAUCAGGGACUUCAGAUGUCCUGCUCCUUGUGCCACUCUUCUGACCCAAGUUAGUGCAACCAGCUGCUCUAGGUCCAGUCCGGGGAUGGGUGAAUAAGUCCUGCUCAGUUAAUCCAGACAGACAGAUGUUGAUUUCUAUCGUGUGGGACAGUGUUUUGACAGUUAAGGCUUGACACCCAGCAGCCUUUUUAUCAACAGACUUUUCAUUUCAUUGGGUUCAAAAACUCUGACUGAGGGUUUUUUCUCUAGUACGUUUUUGUAGGUCCAUGGCUGAAGUCAAAUCCAAGCCAUUUGUUAAACUUUAGGUAAAAGCAAACCAAAUGUAAGUGUGGAAUAUCCUCCUAAGCAAAGCCACAGUUGUCAGGGGUUUUACUUACAAUGGGUUCCAAGUGGCCACGUUACAUGGCCCUGUGCUCACAUGGGUCCUCUGCUGUGCUGAAAGGCCAUUAAAUGAGAUAACUGCUGCUUUGCUUUGGUUUCUCCCAUGGGAUGCUCAUCUUGUUGGAAAGCACUUGAAUGAAGCCAGUUGUUGCCCAGGGUAGAAAAUUCAGGCACCUCCAGCAACUCUCACACAGUUGAGGAUUGCUUCUGACUGGCCAUGAACCACAAACCAGCCCCUCUCUCGUUCAUUUGCUCUUCCUUGUCCCUAGUCCUGAAUCCCAGCCCAGAUUCAGGGCUCACGGCUAAUAACCCACCCAAUGGACCACUGGGCCUGUGACCCCUUCUCCAUGUUGGCCUUUCCACUUGUUUCUCUUCCCUGUAGGAGUGCCUUAUAGUGCUGUCUAGUGCUUCUAGUCUAUCUACCUGACCCACUUGAAGCCUGCAGGACCCUUCAACUAAAUAUGGAUCCCUUCACCUCUUCCUGGCUGGCUGCUCCUCACACAAGUGCACCUGCAGCCCACAUACCCCGACAUGCACGAAAGACCUUCCACCUUUGCUUAACCUGGUGCCUUAACCUCAUGCAUAAAGGGAUUCACAUGGCAAACAUGGUUACAGUGGUACAAGCAUUGGCUUCUUAGUGCCAUUGGCGCUUUUACUAAGAGACACAACCAAUCAAGGUUUUAACUUUGUUUCGUACUGUUUCUUAGUCACUCUUUUUGAUUGCUUGCUUGCUUGCUCUCAUUAACCAAACUCAGGGGAUGUCAUCUUGUCACCAAGGCCAAUGGAGAGAGAAGUAAAACCAGCUAUCCAGAAUUGAAUCAGUAAAAUCAAUGAACUUAAUCUUUUUCAGGUUCAAAAAUUACACAAACACAAGGAGUUUCUCUUCCUUUACUGUAUGAAGAUUUUCUUUUUAUUUUGCCACCUGUUUUCCACAUGGGAAGUGGAAGCCUCGUGGGUAAAUUUUGAUGGUAAUGUCUCGGUGUGGCAUGGGCAGUCCACUGAGCUAUCAGAUUAGGCUUGUGCUACUAGAGGCCUAUGUUCUGGCUUUGGUCACCUAUCAGACUUCGACUGUGAAUAACUGUUAGCCACCAUCGAAGAAGUAAGGAAAAAAAAAAUCUAUUCCUAGCAAAUGGGAAAAGGAGAGGCAAUGCCUAGGUUGCAAAUGCAGAGUGUGAUGUGGUGCUACAGAAGAGUUUCGCACAACUUGUUCUCAGGCUCCUGCAUCAGAUCCAUGGGUUUUCCUCAUUUCUGCUCAUGCAGUACAGAAUUGACUAAAAUUUUGGCUUUGGGCUAUUGUAUCGCUCUCUGUUAAGCUAUUUGUCAUAGCUAAUGUGUUAACGUACAUGUGUUCUUUUUUUCUGGAUUAUGUUGCCUUUUGUUUUGGCAUAACUUAUCCAUAUUUUUGUUUACAUAAUUUAAAAAAAUAUCAGUAACUGUAAUAAUAUAAAACUGCAGUUGUGUUGUUGACAAGAACCUAUUGCUUUUACAGUCAUCUGUCACAUCAUUUAAGUGCACCCAUUCUUAAUAUAUAGAAUUAUCUUGCUCAAUAAACAAUUUAGAAAGUA